AUGAAGAAAAAAGAACAACAACAAAACACAAUUGCUGAAAUUAAUGAACUUAUUGCGCGAAUCAAAGCAGAGGCGCCUCCUCGUGGAGUGAACCCAUUGUUGUCUGAAACUGCUAUUGGAAAGGAUUACACUGUAUCAUACCCCGAUGCAAAGAAGUUUUCUGAAUUUCCAAUAAGUAAGGAAACCCUAAAAUCAUUGACCGAGAAUGGUUUUACUGUUAUGACGCCCAUUCAAAGAGCAAUAAUUCCUCAUUGUUUAAUUGGCCGUGAUGUAAUUGGUGCUGCCAAAACGGGGAGUGGGAAGACUUUAAGUUAUUUGAUACCAUUGAUUGAAUAUAUGUAUCGUUCCCAGUGGUUUGAACGUGGUGGCCUUUGUGCAUUAGUUAUGGCACCCACCCGUGAGUUGGCACAACAAAUCUUUGACGUCUACAGCAAAAUAGCUGGUGAUAAAUAUAACGCGGCUUUAAUCACAGGAGGAAAAGACGAGAAACUAGAGGCAAAAGCUUUGUACCAAACAAACUUUUUAGUGUGCACCCCAGGAAGGUUGUUGUACCACUUAGAAAACACUCCAAAGUUCAAUGUCACGCCACUCAGGUUUUUAGUGUUGGACGAAGCCGACAGAAUUUUAGACAUGGGCUUUAAGAAGGAGCUCACCAGUAUAUUGGACUAUUUACCAAAGAAACGGCAAACCCUACUUUUCUCAGCAACACAAACAAAAAGCGUCAAAGACUUAAUUCGCCUUUCUUUAACACACCCGGAGUUCAUAUCAGUCGACGAACAGUCUGAAUUUUCUACUCCGGAGAACUUAAAGCAGUUUUGUCUGAUUUUGAAGGAAAGGCAGAAGGUCAAUGUCCUCUUCUCCUUCCUCAAAACACACACAAACUCCAAAAUUAUCGUCUUCUUCCAAACCUGCAAACAAGUCCGGUUCUUCUUUGAAACGUUCAAACAACUCAGAUGCGGGCUCGAACUCAAUUUACUGUAUGGAAAGCAAUCUGCAAAUUCAAGAUAUUCAAGAUAUGAGUCAUUCGCUGAACUCGAAAGGGGCGCACUCUUUUGCACUGAUAUUGCAUCGCGAGGGUUAGACGUCAAAAAUGUUGACUGGAUUAUCCAGUACGACUGUCCUGAAGACACUGCACAGUACAUUCAUAGAGCUGGGAGAACUGCAAGGUAUAACAAAGCCGGAAAUGCGUUGUUACUUCUUUCUGAGCAACAGAGCUCGUUUGUUGAGAAACUUCAGAAGGUCAAAGUGCCUAUAGUUCGCAUGAUGCCAAACAAAAGGAUGUUGAAAGAUAUAGCCGAUGAAAUUACACAUUUGAUGAUGGAGUAUCCCUUUUUGAAAGGAUAUGGGAUGUCUGCAAUAAAAGCUUAUACAUAUAGUCUGACGAAGAUGAGUGACAAGUCCAUCUUUGAUCCUGAAAAAGUCGACAAAAUGGGGAUCCAAGCAGCUUAUGGCUUAGGGACAAAAGACAUCAGUUUAAAUGCAUUAGAAGCCGAGAAAAUCAAAAAAGAAGAAGACGAGUGUAAGAAGCCGACUGAAGUGAUUAAAGACAAAGAAGAGAUUAUUCAAGAAAAAUAUGUGAUCGAAGAGAAUACCAGUGAAAGUGACGAUGAUGACUUAAUGAAAGUUUCUAAGAAACAAUUGAUGGACGAAGUGCCACUCGACGAAAAAGAGAAAGUCACUCCCCCCAAAGAAACAUCACAAGAAACACAAACAAAAGAAGAAAAAGAAGAAAGUGAAGAAAAUGCCUCAUCGGAAAGUACCUCAACGAGCGAAGAAAGUGAAAAAGAAGACCAAAAAAUGGAAGAAGAAAAGAUUACCAAUGGCAAAGAAACAACUCAAAGCACUGAAGCAAGUGAAGAGGAAAAUGAAGAAGAAGAGAACGACGGCGAUUUCGCAGCUCGAAUGGAAGAAGAAGUUCGAAUAGCAAAUGAAGAAGACAAGCAACGCGAACGUGAACGAAAUAGGUUAAGGCGUGUACAAGAGAGAAACAAAUACCUUGGCCUCGCAGAUAUAAGAAUUGACGAUCGAAAACAUUCACUUGAUAUAAGUCAACCAACUACUAAAAGGAGUGUCGAAGAUUUACUUAAGGAGAAGUUGAAGGGAAGUUCCUUACUUUGA